UUUCUCUUCCGCCUAGUCUUACACAGAGUUGCAAUUGCCAACUCCAACUCUGAAUUCUUUGUUUGCCUUUGUAUUAAAAUGAAAAACUCAGUAACCAACUCGUUAAUAAGCAAUUUGAAGUAUGCUUCUUCUUCUUCUGGGCUUCACAUAUCGGUUGCCGGCGGUUUUGUUGGCGUUGCUGCUUUGGUUUUUGCUCUGAUUAAAGAUCGCAACUUUAACAAGUUAACUACACUGCUACCUUCGUUUUCCGGUCGACAAACACUUCCCCAGAAACUCUAUUUAGUCCCUGGCUUGCAAAAUCUUGGCAAUAAUUGCUUUUUGAAUGUCAUUUUACAGGCUUUAGCUAGUUGUUCAUAUUUCCAGCCUUCUCUUCAGAAGGUAAUAGGAGAAUGUGACUCAUCGGACACGGAGGAGUGGAGUGAAAAUUUGCAGCUUACAAUUGCUUUGGCUUCUUUAUUAGAAGAACUAUCUGCAUUUGGCGAAGAGAAAGUUGUGCUAAAUCCCCGAAAUGUGAUGCUUGCGAUGACAGAGUAUAUUCAAAAUUUCAAUUUAACGAGUCAGCAGGAUGCUGAAGAAGCAUUUCUUCAUCUCUUAUCAUCUUUAAGAAAAGAAUUUUCAGAUUCUUAUUCUUCAAAUAAGAGUUCUCUAGCAGAUGCUUUUGCUUCUUCUAAUUGUAGGAUUCUUAAUCCAAAGAGGAGGGAGUUCCUAAAUGAACAAGAAAGGUGGCAGCGACACUUCCUUGGACCGUUUGAUGGGAUUAUCGGUAGCAUCCUAACAUGUCAAAGUUGUUCAUCUCAGAUUUCAUUGAAUUUUCAAUUUUUCCACAGCUUGGCUCUUUCACCUCCCCUUGAAAGUGUUGAUAAUAUUAUGGCUGGAUGCACUUUGGAGAAUUGCUUGAAGCAGUUCACUGUCGCUGAACUAGUUGAGAACUACAAUUGUAGCCGUUGUUGGCACAUUGCUGCAUUGAAGUAUUUGUCUCUGAAAGGAGCAAUAGAGACAGAAAUUGAAAAACUUAGGACAUGUAGCAUGCAAGACUACUGUACCUGCCACACUCUUUCUCAUCUUGAAAGUUUGCCAUGGUCAAGUAACUUUUCUCGCACCCUAAAGCAGCUAAGUAUAUCUCGUUGUCCAAAGAUUUUAUGUAUUCAUUUGCAACGUGCUUCAAUCAAUCAGUUUGGAGAACUAGUCAAGCUUCAGGGCCACGUCAGCUUUCCGUUGAUUCUGAACAUGCUUCCAUUCACAAUGGAAAAGCUGCAAUGUCAAAAACCAAGGCCUCAUUUGAAGUAUUUAAAUGUUCAACCCGACUCAAGAGUGCUAAAUUGCAUUUAUGGGCAAAGUGCUUACUCAAAAAUCUUACCAGCUCCAGAGUCAUGGUGCAAUGACCAGAUAGAAGCCUUUGCGGGAGAAUCCAGUUUGCCUCAACCUAAAGGCUGUUUUGAUGGUCUGGGAUUGGAAGAUAAUGAUGAGGUCUCCGUAUCUGGCACGCUAGUCGCUUCCGAACCUUUGCUCUAUCGUCUUGUUUCUGCGGUGGAGCACUUUGGACAAACUGGAGGAGGGCAUUACACUGUUUACAGAAGUGUGAUAUCUCCAUCACCGGAGGAGCAUACUGGUGAAAAUCUCAAUCUUUCUCCCCGCCCCUGGUUCUGUAUAUCAGACUCCGAUGUACACCGUGUCUCAGAGGAGGAUGUUCUAGCUGCAGAGGCUAGCUUACUUUUUUAUGAGAGAAUUAUAGGAGACUAAGAUAAUCUACACCUGUUGAUUUGGAAGCUGAUCAUAUUGGUGGCUCUGUUGGCUGAAAUGCCAGUAUGCCACCGUAAAGGUACGUGUGGACGAUGACAUGCAUUUCGAACCAGCAACUUUUUUUUGUUCAACACGUAACUAAAUGAUAGGAAUAGUGAGUAUUAGAAUUCUUCUAUGGCUAAAAUUCAGCUAGGGAGAUAUGUUGUAUAGUGAAAGUACCUAUUUGACAAACGAAAAUUCUUUUAAAUCCUCAUUUUCUGAACAGUUGGUGUCUUGUAAUGGUUUGUUUUUGUCAUUUCUUGAAGGAUAAGAGGAAGAGCAGAACAAACAAUUGAAAGUUCUUGUAUCUUGAUCUUAGCUAGUGAAUGCUAACUACAAAUGCAAAUUAUUAUGCUUUAACUUUA